GAAGCCCACGAGGCGUACCUCGGACCCGGAGGCACCAAUCCCCAGCGAGGAGGGCUCACCGCCCCUCCGCCCUGCUACAUAAGCGACCCUCCCGACGUGCUGGGGGAAACCUCACCGGACCAGCUUGCCAAACUUUUUUUACGCGCAGCGCCCGAGGCUGAUGCAGAGCGCCCAGCAGCGCCUUUCCCCCAGCGCUCGCCCUCCCCGGCUGCCUCUGCCCGCAGAUGGGGGCGGUGGGGCCGUCGUGGGUCCCCCUCCCAAGCCAUUGACUUCGUUUCUCAUCCAGGACAUCCUGCGCAAAAGCGACGCCGGGGAGGCUUCCAGCGGGGAGCCGAAGGCAGGCAAGUCCUCGCGCCAUCAUCGCCCCAACGGAGCUUCUCCCGGGGAGAGCGCGCCGAGCGACCCUCUCCUCCCUCUCGGAGCCCCCCGAGCUUCCGAGACGGAUGCAACAGAUCCAGACGUCCAUCAGCCAAACUGUGAGCCUUCCUCCAAACCCUUCAUGAGGACACCCAAACAGUUGAAGCGUUCGCGGGCGGCCUUCUCCCACAGCCAGGUCAUUGAGCUCGAACGGAAGUUCAGCCACCAGAAAUAUCUCUCUGCCCCUGAACGAGCCCACCUCGCCAAGAACCUGAAGCUCACCGAAACCCAAGUGAAGAUCUGGUUCCAGAACAGAAGAUAUAAGACCAAGAGGAAACAACUGGCCUCUGAGCUUGGAGAACUUGAGAAGAACUCACCUCUCCCAGCCUUCAGGGAGAACCAUUUCUCUAGGGCUACUCUAGCACUUUCUGUAUACCACACCUAUCAGUACAAUCCGUAUUUAUGUUAUCUGAAUGGUUGGAGCCCAGUCUUUUGGUAAAUAAUGCUGUCAGCGGCCCAGGUCUCUCAGGGAUUUGUAUGUCUUCAUCCAUCACCAUCACCCACUCCCCAUUAACUUUGCUACCAUGAAAUCGAUUGCCCAGGUAGGCUUUGCAGCAGUGGUGAAAUCCCAAUUUUUUUUACUACCGGUUCUGUGGGCGUGGCUUGGUGGGCGUGGUAUGGCUUGGUGGGCGUGGCAGGGGAAGGAUAUUGCAAAAUCUCCAUUCCCACUCCACUCCAGGGGAAGGAUACUGCAAAGUCUCCAUUCCCAACCCCACUCUGGGGCCAGCCAAAGGUGGAAUUAGCCGGUUCUCCGAACUGCUCAAAAUUUCCGCUACCGGUUCGCCAGAACCUGUCAGAAACUGCUGGAUUUCACCCCUGCUUUGCAGAGAGAUUGGGUCAACCUGUUUCCUCUGCCGUUUCUAGAGUCGCUGCUGGGUGUCCUCUUCUCACUAUCCAUGCUGAGGGAUGAUCCAAAGAACUGUCACGAAUGCAAUAUGGUAGUUCUCUCUAUUUCCUCCAUUUCCUCCAGCAGCGCUGGCUGGGGGAUUCUGGGAGUUGAAGUCCACCCAUCUUCAAGCUUCCAAGGUUGAGAAACACUGAUCUAGACAAUCAUGGUGUAUUCAAAACAACUAUGCACUAAACAAACCCUAGUUCAGCUUAAGGUAUGAACCCAGUCCUUGUACACCUGAAACUUCAUGACUUGGCUGCCAUACUAGAAAAAUUGGGGUUUCUUUGAUUUGAUGUAUGAAAAAGUUUCCAUUUUCGUGUCUUGCUGCUUUAUAGUCUACAUUAGUUUAGGUUUUGGUAGCUUCUAAACAGCUUCUCAUGACCCAGAUAAUUCCAAUGGGGAGAUUGCGCGGGCUGAAAUGACCCUGGAAAAGAUGUAGGGGGUUAUGUGAAACAGCCACUCUAAUACCUGUCGAAGGUAGAAUUCUUCCCUGUGCUUUUUUUAGCAAAGCCAUCAUAAGCUCUUCACUUUGUUGGGUAGCACAUCUAGUUUCUGAGCUACCUUGCUUCAUUUACUAGAUGCCUACAUAAGUCAGGUUGAGAUUUUCUUGUACAAUCCUAAUACUGUGUCCUUCAAGCAUGAGGAUUCGAGUAGAACAUCACCUUGCUUCAUUUUUUAAUGAAGUGCCCCUUGGGGCUGCUUAACCUGUUGCGUUGAAGGGACCCUGGGUGAUGAGUAGAGGUGGUGCAGUGGUUAGAGUGCAGUACUGCAGCUACUUCAGCUGAUCAGCGGAUCAAAUCUCACCGGCUCAAGGUUGACUCAGCCUUCCAUCCUUCCGAGGUGGGUAAAAUGAGGACCCAGAUUGUUGGGGGUAAUAUGCUAUUUAGUAUACUGUCUUUGGUGUAAGCCUCCCAGAGUCCUCGGAGCGUGGGCGGCAUAGAAAUAUGACUAAUAAAAUAAAAUAAAUAAAUGAUGCAUUCAACACAGUGCGCAGGUUCCCUUCUUUGGAAGCCAAAGAAAUUGUUAGUCUCAAAAUAAACGUCUCUCGGAGUGUUACUCUAAAUAAACAUCUUUUGGGAGUGCAAA